GCGAGAUUGGCUUUACUUCAUCCAAAAACCUCUGACCCAAAACCCCUCUUUUCUCUGUCGAUCGGUUCCUUCUGAAACUGUGUUCAUAUCUUUCUUGUUCUCUCUUUGUUCUUGGAAUGCCCGCCAAUUGAUACUGUUGAGGCAAUGGGCCAGCUUCAGAGGAGCUUGUUCUUGGCCACUACGUCCAGUGAUGCCAUUACUUCCUCUGUAUUUUUCAACUACUCCGUCUGUGUCAUCCUCACGACUCGGUUCUUUCAUGGCCAAGAUUCAAGUCGAUAGUGGACUUGCAGAUGAGUCCAUCAUUUGCCUAUCUACAUGCUCAAAAGUUCAAUUUCGGGGAUUUCAAGAAGUUUUUGAGGAUCCAGAAGCUGGUUCCGUCAGACAUAAAGAACAUGAAGAGAAUGGACGAGAUGAACUGUUUAGGAUCCUCAAUGAAUUGAAGCCAGGGGAUCAAUUGUCUCUAGGCGCAGUUGAACUCAAGCAGCAUUUUACCCAGCCCCCACCUCGCUAUUCUGAGGGAACAUUGGUUAAGAGGAUGGAGGAGCUAGGGAUUGGGAGACCUUCCACAUAUGCAUCCACAUUAAAAGUUUUACAGGACAGAAACUAUGUGUUGGUGAAAAGCCGUGUUCUACAUCCAGAGUUUCGUGGGCGCAUGAUCAAGGACGUGGACUCUAUUACACUUGAGGGACAUCAUCCAAAGGAUGGUCAACCAGUGAUACUAAAGAUUGCAAAAGCUGGAUUCACCAUUAGACAUCGGCACACGAUGGCUUCCCUUCCUAAGAAUUUGAAGCCGAGUGACAUCGAUUUAGAUAAAGCGUUGAAGCUUCUAUCAGGUAAGGAUGUUAGAAGGUCUGGGCGGCUUAAAAGCAAGCCCAAAGUUGAGGAAGCUGUUGAUGCCCUUUAGGCUCCACAAAAAAGGGGCUUUAUUUAUUGAGUUUUGCGGCUACACCAGGAAGAAUUUGCAUUAGGGAUCUUAACUUUAUGGCAAAUUUAGGUUCAUUCUCCCUAUAUUAUUUAUUUUAAAUUCCGUCUGGAUUCAUUCAUGUAAGAAGACCCAUUAGAUGAUCAUACACACACUUUGACAGCUAAAUUACAUGUAUCCUUUAAUUAUAAUUAUUGAAAAAUAAGAACACUC